AUGACAAACGUUUUAGUCGAGCUAGUAGAAAAAGAUGGUUUAAGUCAUAUUAUUCACAUAGAAGAUACGUUUAAUGCCGAAGAUUUACAAAAUUAUCUUAAUUUAAUAAAAAAUAGUAAUGAAUUUUACACAUUUUACAUUGAGAAUGAAGUUUUUAAAACAAGUAUUAAAAAUAUUAUAGAAAAAUACAGUUAUAGUUAUGAAACGAAAAUAAUUAUAGAAGUCGAACCCGACAAAAAUAAAUUUGAUGUAGAAAUAGACUUUGAUGAGUCAAUAUCAUUUAUAAAAUAUUGUGAAAAGCAAAAUUGUAUUAUUGUAGGCUUAUAUUUAACUGAUAUGAAAAUAUUUGACAACGGGUUAAUACAAAAUUUUAGCAAUGAAAUCGGUAGAUACGUUGAUGUACGAAAUUUUGCAUCGGAUAGGAAUUUACAAGUAGCUUAUUCUACAGAAAAAGGGAUUUUUAAUAUAACAGAAGGUAAAAUAUAUCCUACUGAAAAUAUUUCUGCACUUCAAGCUAUUAAUGGCAAGAUUUUUUAUGGACAGACCGAUGGUAAGUGCUAUGAAUUAAAUGACUGCGCUACGUGUAUAGCAGAUACAAAUGGGUAUAAAAUUGUUAAGAUUUUACAUUUAUACGAUAAAAUACUAUUUAUUGCCAGUAACGGAUCUAUAAUUUACUACAAUAAUAACUGUAAUUCAGUAAAAAAGAACUAUUUUAUAACAUCUGCUGAUUCAUUUAAUAAUAUUUUAUACUUGGGAACAUCUACUAAUAUGUUUUAUAUUGUCAAAGAUGAUACAGAAACAGGUUACCAAGUAGAUAUUAGAUAUAUUGAUUUUAUUAAAGUUUUGAAUGAAAAUUUAUUGAUUAUUUCGGGUCAAUAUCUUGUACAAAUAAUCCAAUUAGAUCCAUACAAAGUUUUAAAUGAAUUUAAAUUUGUGGUUGAAAUUAGUGGGAUUGCUGUAAGCAAAGGUAAAUUGUUUAUUAGUUCUGGUACUAAACUGUUUGGUACCAAAACUAAAUUUUCGCAAUAA